UAUUUUCAGCCAAAAUGAAUACCGUUGUGUGCGAUCCAGUGAAAAUCCCACUACUCUUAGAACGAAUUGACAAGUGUCCAACUUUAAAAAGAAUUAUCAAACUGGAUGGGGAUGUAAAGGAAGAGGAUAUGAAAAAAGCAGAAGAUUGUGGGAUUAAAAUUGUUGAUUUUGUGGAUGUAGAGAAACUGGGGAAAGAACACGUGCACGAGAAGAAGCUUCCCACAUCAAAAGACUUAGCUGUUGUUUGCUAUACAAGUGGAACUACUGGAAAUCCCAAGGGAGCCAUGAUUACUCAUGGCAAUGUCAUCGCAAUGCUGUCUAGUUUUAUCCAAAUAGUUCAAAAGUGUGGUAUCUCUGUUGAUAACAAUGAUGUUCACAUAUCAUAUCUUCCUCUUGCUCAUAUGUAUGAACGACUGGCUCAGCUGCUGAUCAUCUGCUAUGGAGGUAGAGUUGGGUUCUUUGGAGGAAAUAUCAGAAAAAUCAUGGAUGACUUGAGAGAUCUGAAGCCAACUAUUUUUGUCUCAGUGCCUAGAGUUCUCAACAGGGUCUACGACAAGGUUAUCAAAGAUGUAUCAGGAAGUGCUAUAAAAAAAUUCAUUUUUGAUACUGCCAUGAGCUUUAAGAAAGCAGAGCUUGAGCGUAAUAUUAUCAGGAGAGACAGUCUGUGGGACUACCUUGUUUUUAGGAAAAUACAGAAUACCCUUGGUGGAAGAGUACGUUUUGUGGUUUCUGGGUCUGCUCCAUUAAGAGAUGAUGUCAUGAUCUUUUUACGAUGUGCUCUUGGGUGUCUUGUCAUGUCGGUCCACCUCUGCCUUGCAACAAGAUCAAAUUAGUAGAUGUUCCUGAGAUGAAUUACUAUGCUAAAGAUGGCAAGGGCGAGAUCUGUUUUUAUGGUCAUAAUGUAUUCAAGGGAUACCUUCACCAACCUGAUAAAACAAAAGAGGCCAUUGAUGAACAUGGCUGGUUACAUUCUGGGGACAUUGGAGAAUGGACAGAGAAUGGAACUCUUAAGAUCAUUGACAGAAAAAAGCACAUCUUCAAGCUUGCUCAGGGAGAAUACAUCGCGCCAGAGAAGGUUGAGGGUAUUUAUAUGCAGUGUUACUUGAUCAAUCAAGUCUAUGUCUAUGGGGACAGUAGAAAGUCUUGUACUGUUGGUGUCGUGGUGCCCGAYGAAUCUCACUUGAAGUCCUGGGCACAAAAGAACGACGUAGAGGGAGAAAUCGACCAGUUAUGUAAAAAUGAGAAAGUUCGCGCUGCCAUCUUCGAGGAGAUGAUAGCAAAGGGCAAGAAAGAGAAGCUGUUUAGUUUUGAACAGGUAAAGUCAGCUAUUAGUUUUGAACNUUCUGACUCCGACAUUGAAAUUCAAACGACCCGACAUAAAGAACCAUUUCAAAGAUACAUUCGAGGAUUUAUACAGUAAACUACAAGAAUAGAGAAAUUAUGGUGAUUGUUUAGGUGAAGCCACUGUUAAUUUUUGAAAUUUUACUGAAUUUUCAAAGAAACAAAGAAGCCAAAAAUGGCAGCCUUAAAUUGGUGUCAGAAGGAAAUCUUUACUAACAACCUUUGGCGACCAUUUAUUUCAGUAAAUUUAGUAAAAUUUCCAAAAUCAGCUGAUCCUAAGGAUCGCGAUAGCAGAUUUACUGCCAAUAUUUUAUAUGAAUUUAUAGCUCAGGCUACCUAUCGUGGCUAGAAUUUUAGGAAUAAAGGUAACAUUUAUAAAAGGGAUAUGUUGGUCUAUUGAGCAUGAGCAGUUGAUCAGUAGUUGAUUUCCCACAUCUAAAAGGGCCAGUGAUAAAAACUAGUAGGAGACUGAAAAAUUUGUAUUAAAACUGAAAUCUUUUGGCUUGUAACUAUCAAGUUUCUCUUUGCGCAGUGCAUCCAUGGUAUUUAUUCAAAUCUCAAGAUGACGGUUGUCCUAUGAAAGCUGUUGGAGAUCCUUUUAUAAAUACUGUGACCGGGCCAAAGGUCCUCAUUCGACUUGAGUUUUACCUUUUAGCCAAUCUAUCUAUCUAUGUGUCUUGUCGCGUUUGGAUCACCGGAAGUUAAGACUUUAAUAAUUAACUAUUGGGUUGGCUGUGUUAUUACAUCACCGGAAGCUCAAAUGUAUAGAUGUACUAAUAUCGUUAGUAAAUGUUAAAUGCUGCUUGCGCUUUUGUGAUAAAAAAAUAUUCGUUUACAAAUGUGGURUCUGUGAUCUCAUCGGAAUGCAUCUGUCUAGGCAUCAAUAGUACGCGUAUGUGCAGAUCGCAUGGAGCUUCGAGUUGUAUAUGCUUAGGAAUCUAAAUAAAUGACCWUUCUAGUGUUAGACA